AUGGCCAGCGCAGCAGAGCAGGAGACCGAACCAGAAGGCCCUAGCUGUACCCCGCCCCUCGGACCCCGGCCCCGCCCCGCCCGACCCUGGCCCUUCCCGGCCCCUCCGACGCGGGCCGACCAGACCUCGGCCGACCCGACCCCGGGCAGACCCCCGGUCUCCGUCCCUCGCCUCUCACCCACUCCCCACCGGGGCCCAAGCACGCCGCACUCAGACCGACGACCCUCCGGCCCCCUUUCUCCCCGCAGCCCCAGCCGCUCCCGCUCAGGGCCCGCAGCCCUCCUCUCGCAGCCCAGCGACCGGCCCGCGCCCCCCCCGCCCCCGCCCGAAACCGCGAGCGGAAGCGCGGCGAGACCGCAGCGACCGCCGCUUCCUUCCCGUUCCGGGGCUGGCGGCGCCCAGGGCAGCCGGCAGAGGAGCCGGGCCCCCCGCCCUGCAGCACGGCCGAGGAAGCCGCGCUCGCUCACCGCGGCCUGGCGUCCGUCGGUCCCGGCCCGGCCCCGGAUCCGCCGCGCCCGCUGUUCCCGGGCGCCCGGCUCCACUUCCGGUUCCGCGGCGGGGGCGGGGCCGCAUCCGGGUCCCGGCGAGGCCCCGCCCCGCGCCCUCCGGAGAGGGGGGGCGGCGGGUUGCGGGCGCCCUGGGAGCCGGGCGCCACGCAUCCUGCAUCCUCUCCGCCCGCCCACCCAUCUGCCCGCCUUCAUCCAUGACCCGCAUCUUCCAUCCACCCCCCCACCGGAGCAUCAUCCGUCGCCUCCGUCCCUCCUUCCGCUCUCCAUUCACCCACCCGUCCACCAUCUGUCCACCCGGAGAAGGCCACAUAUGCAGCAAGAAUAGAGAGUCAGCAGGAUAAACAUGGACCUUGUCCUCAGGGCCCUUCCAACCUAGAAGGGAAGUCAGGUAUCAUCACACGGACACAUAAUUAGGAAACAAGAUAAAUGCUAUGAGAAAGGCAAAAGUGUUGUGAAAUUGUACUGGGGGGGCGCCUGGGUGGCUCAGUCCUUAAGCGCCUGCCUUCAGCUCAGAUCAUGAUCCUAGGGUCCUGGGAUG